AUGUUUUCGGAAAUCACUUUCAGCACAUGGAAUAUACAUGGGCUUAUCAACAAGGUCCUUGGUGAUAAAACUAAAAACAAGGAUUUUGUUGAAGCCAUUUCAAAUAUUGAUUUUAUGUUUCUUACCGAAACAUGGAAUAACCAAGAUAUAAACAUACCCGGAUAUGAGACUAUUAACUCUAACUUGGCAAAACCCAAAUCCAAAUAUGCAUGCCGACAAUCAGGUGGCAUCAGCCUGAUAUUCAAAAGUAAAUUUAAAAACUUUGUUUCCAUUGUGAAAAAUACUAAAAAUUUUAUAUGGAGCAAAAUCUCCAAAGAAAUAUUAAGUAGUGAUACAGACCUGUAUGUCUGUGGCACAUACAUACCCCCUGAAAAGUCAAAAUAUUUUGACCCAGAAAUAUUUGAAGAAUUUGAAAAUGAUAUAAUCCAUUUUUCCUCAAAAGCAAAUGUCAUAGCUCUAGGUGACUUUAAUGCUAGAACCAGUAAACAAGAAGACUUUGUUUCAAAUGAAGGGAAUGAAUACAUUCCUGACACCAGUGAAAACUCAUUUUAUCUAAAAGACAGACAAAAUUUUGACACCUCAAUUAACAAUCAUGGCAAAAAACUAAUAGAAAUAUGCAAAACCUGCGACCUAAGAAUAUUAAAUGGUCGAACCCUUGGUGACUCACUAGGUCAGCCAACAUUUCAUGGAAAAAAUGGUAUAAGUACAAUUGACUAUAUAAUCUGUAACCAAAACCUUUUACAUAAUACCAAAUACCUCAUUGUCAAACCUCCCAACUAUCUUUCUGACCACAGUCAAGUUGUUGCUUGGUUUGAUCUACAACCAGUCAGCAAUCCCAAGACAAACAUAGAUAGUACAUGUACUGAACAACCCAAACUAGAACAAUUACCAUCACAAUAUAUAUGGGAUAAAGACUCUGAGGCUGCUUUCACUCAAGAGCUCAAAUCCAACAAAAUCCAAAACAAACUCAAUAACUUUUUAAAUAAUGAUUUCUCAGACGAGAAAGAUGGAAUGAACCAAUGUAUAAACGAAUUCCAAAACAUAAUACUUGAAGCAUCAAAAAAAUCUCUAAAAAUAAGAAAAACGAAACGCCGAUCCCAGAUCAAUAAUGUUGCAAACAAAAAAUGGUUUGACAAAGAUUGUAGAUUAAAAAGACACCAUCUAAGAAAACUAGCCAACCAAAAACACAGAAACCCAACUAAUACCGAAAUUAGAAACGAAUAUCACAUUGCCCUAAAAGACUACAAAAAUACUCUGCAGAUAAAGAAGAAUAAAUUCCACCAAGAUAAAAUUGAACAACUAGAAAAUGCUACAAACGAUCCUAUACUAUUCUGGAAAAUUCUUAAAAAUAGCACAGAUGAAAUUAAUCCCAAUGAAAGAUCGAAAACACCAUCACAGAGCCAAUGGCUGAACCACUUUCAAACACUUCAUUCGGAACACACUAUUACUGAAAAACAAGAAGAAACUAUAAAACUCUUGAAAGAAUCUGAAAGAUUUAAAGACCAAUUUAAUGACCUAGAUAAAACUAUUACUGAAAAAGAAUUACUCACCGCAACUAGAAAACUAAAAUCAAAGAAAGCUGUUUAUAGUGACAAAAUUAGAAAUGAAAUGAUAAAACUUAGCGCCAACAUAGCUCCACUAAGUUUCUUAAAGGUAUUUAAUAAAAUCUUAGAAUCUGGAAGAUUCCCUGAAACUUGGACGGAAGGUCUUAUAACUCCGAUCUACAAGUCAGGGAACUCCCUAGAUCCCAAUAAUUACCGAGGCAUAUGUGUCUCUAGCUGCAUGGGAAAACUAUUUUGCUCCAUCCUAAACACUAGACUAAUGGAUUUUGUAAAUGAAAAAAAACUGAUACAUCAAUCCCAAAUUGGUUUUAUUCCUGGAAAUCGAACUGCGGAUCACUCACUCACACUGAAAACUCUACACGACAAAUUUAUAAACCAAAACGAAAACAAAAAAAUUUACGCAUGCUUCGUUGACUUUAAAAAAGCCUUUGACUCUGUAUGGCACCAAGGCCUGUUUUAUCAAUUAUUGCAGAACAAAAUAGGAGGACAUUUCUAUGAUCUUAUCACAGACAUGUACUCUAAUACUAAAUGUGCGAUCAAACUCUCAGAAAGCCGAACCCCCUUUUUCCCAUACAAAAAAGGUGUUCGCCAAGGAUGCACUUUAAGCCCAUUACUCUUUAAUAUCUACAUCAAUGAAAUACCGAAACUUUUCGAAAAAAUCGAAUCAGACCCUUUCAUGCUACCAAACGGAACCGAAUUAAAUAGUCUACUAUACGCAGAUGACCUAGUAAUACUCUCCCGAUCAAAAUCAGGUCUUCAAAAUUGCCUUGAUCAACUCCAUGAAUGGUGUGAAAAUUGGUUAUUGCAGAUAAAUACUAAAAAGACAAAGAUUAUGAUUUUUCAAAAACGUAACUCCAGCCAACCGACCAAGAUACAAUUUCACAUUGGAGACAAAAAAAUAGAUACAACUAAGGAAUACAAUUACCUUGGCCUCAAAAUAUCACAAAACGGAAAAUUCAAACUUGCUCAGCAACAACUGGGUGAAAAAGCUCUUCAUGCACUUUAUAAAAUCCGAAAAAACAUUGACUUUCGCAAACUAACACCAAAACUUGCAAUGAAGAUUUUUGACUCGAUCAUUUCCCCCAUAUUACUGUACAACUCGGAAAUUUGGGGUGCUUACGAAAAAAACGACUAUAAUAAAUGGGAGAACUCAGAAAUCGAAAGAGUUCAUCUAAGAUUCUGCAAGUUAUAUUUGGGUGUAAACAGAAAAGCAACAAAUGUGGCUUGCAGGGGAGAACUUGGUAAAUUCCCUCUCCUCUUAACAAUCAAGAAAAACAUAAUUAAUUAUUUUAAACAUAUCUACCAGCUACCCGAAAACUCAAUUGCGAAACAAAGCUUAAACAUAUCCAAAGAUCUUUAUACCAACCAUAAAGAAUCAUAUUACUCAAAAACAGUUAAUCUACUGAAACCUUACUACCCAAACGAAUUAAAUAUUGAACUAGCUAUCUUAAACUAUGACACUACGACAGUUGUAAACAAAAUGAAAGAAAAAUACAUCGAAUUCUGGAAACAUAAAAUAACGAACUCCUCAAAACUAACAUUUCUAUCCACUUUCAAAACCGAAUACAAAGUUGAACCAUACCUAUCCAUCAUUAAAAAUCCAACAACAAGAAGAACAUUUACGCAAUUUCGAAUAAGCAACCACAAACUACAAAUUGAAUACGGGAGAUACCAAAAUAUCCCUCGUGAAGAACGCACCUGCAAACUGUGCAAUUCUGGCGAAAUAGAAGAUGAAUUUCACUUCAGUCUUGCAUGCCAAAAAUACAAUCAACUUCGAGACAACUCAGAUCCGAUUUUGAAAACAAUAUUUGAUCUGAAUGUAACAAAUGAAAGUAAACGAAAAUUAUUGCAACACACAAUGAUUUCCAACGAUCCAGUAAUCAUUAAUCUUUUUUCCGAAUUUAUCUCCACGUGUUUUGCUAACAGAGAAAAUAGUCUCAGAUCCAUGGAACAAAACGCAGUAGGAUAA